GGAGUUAAGCUGGGUCGUCCAGAUGUUCGUUCACGGAAGUGAAAUUCAGCACGAGGGAGAGAGCGGUGAGGGUGUGUGUGCAGAGGGUGUGUGCCCUGUAAGCCCCACAGACGUGGCAGCUCCGGGUAGGGACCCAGCUCGGGUGGCAGGCCCUCCUUUGCCUCCCAGCCGCCCGUCUGAGGGAGCCCUGGGCAGCCGGACCAUGCAGCAGGACGGCCACCACCCCUGGCUUUCUCCAGCUGUGAACGGCUCCGCAGGGCAGGAGCCCCAGAGGCAGGUUCCGAAGGUGCUGGAUGGGGCCUGGGAACCGCCUCCAGGGGCCGGGCUGCCCCUGCUCACGGUCAUCGUUGCCGUCUUUGUCCUGCUGGCCGUCUGCAUCGUGGUGACAGUUCACUUUGGGCCAAGCUUACACAAAGGCCAUGUCUCUCUCGCCACAGAGCCACCGUCCCCAAAGCCGGAGGGCGGUAUCUACCUCGUCCACUGGCGAGUGCUGGGCCCUCAGGCCGUCACGAAGACACCCAGCAGGGACCUCCUGUCCCUGGCUCCUGCCCUGGACCAGAUGGGCCUCGGUUCAGCGUUGAUGAAAUCACAUUUCUGUAGGCAAGAGACUGGAAAUUUAGCUGGACCUGGCUCAGAACAAGAACCUGGACAGAGAAUUAGAGUAAAGCAAAUUGGGGCCUGAGCCUCAGAGCUUCGAAAGCGCAUGCAUGGACUCAGCUGGAGCUGCCCUCUCUGCAGAAUAUUUAUAGAGCAUACUGUGAGCAGGAGAAUAAAAGAAGCUUGAGGGCCCUGCCCAGAAACAUGCCGCUGUGAGCAUUUCCAGGGGCCCAGGCCGCCCUUGCAAAGCUGCUCCCUCCUCUUCAGGGACCCCCGACCCCCAAACCUCCCUCUCUGUGUUCCGACUCCCUCUCCCACCCUAAUCUCCUCCUCUUUUGAUGUCAAAGUGAGUCCAGGCUGGAAGAUUCCACCACCUACCCCACCCCUGGGCAAGCAUGUCAGAGGCCCUGGCUGUGCAGCCCCCAGGUCCCGUGAGGGCCAGCCCGGGAAGCCAAGGGAAGCGCUAAGGGGUCUGCCUCCUCCGGGACUCAGGAAAGCAAGGCAAAUCUGUGGCCCUUCCCUGACCGGGUGGGGGACAUCCUUUGGCUGUUGGACCCAGGCCUUGCCAACCACUUCCAAGUUUCUUUUUUUU